AUGCGGCCGGCCCGCCGACGCCACACUGGCCCGACAGGGCCCCUGUCGCUCGGGCUCUUCCAGAGAGGCAGCCUGUGUCCGGGCCGGCUGGCCUUGGACCCGCAGAGCCUUGCUGGACUCUGGCCCCUGCCCUUGGCCCCGGCGCGGAGCGUGCGCCUGUGCCGUGCGCCACGGGAAGCGACAGCAGGUCCGACUCCAGACACGUCGCCACCCCAGCCAUCGUCGGUGGCCGUGGGAGCCCGGAGCCCCACGUGGGGAGGGAACCGACGGCCUUUCCAGAGGGAGCUGGGCGAGGAGCGGCGAGGAGCUCAUAACCCCGAGGGUCCGGGGUACAUGCACGUUGUCAUCCACGGCUCGAAGGGGCACUCGUCAGAGGCCCCCGGCGUGGCCUUCUGCAGGCCCCGCUUUUCGAAACGGGUCGUUGAGGACGUUCACCUGUUUCGAGGACACGGCUCGAAGAAGAUCCCCAUCAAGCGCAGCGACAUGCUGAAGCACGUCGUCGGGGACUACCGCGACGUCUUCGCCGAGCUGCUGCGCCUGGCGGCCGAGCGCCUCGAGUACGUGUUCGGGUACCGGCUGGCCGAGCUGGAGCCCAAGAGCCACACGUACAUCCUGGUCAACACGCUGGAGCCGGUGGAGGAGGACGCCGAGGUGCGCGGCGACCAGGGCACGCCCACCACCGGCCUGCUCAUGACGCUGCUGGGGCUCAUCUUCAUGAAGGGCAACGCCGUGAAGGAGACCGAGGUCUGGGACUUCCUGCGUCGCCUGGGCGUGCACCCCACGAAGAAGCACCUGAUUUUCGGGGACCCGAAGAAACUCAUCACCGAAGACUUCGUGCGCCAGCGGUACCUGGACUACCGGCGCAUCCCGCACACCGACCCGGUGGACUACGAGUUCCAGUGGGGCCCGCGGACCAGCCUGGAGACCAGCAAGAUGAAGGUUCUCAAGUUCGUGGCCAAAGUGCACAACCAAGACCCCAAGGACUGGCCGGCGCAGUACUGCGAGGCCCUGGCGGACGAGGAGGCCAGGUGGAGACGCGCCGCGCGCGGGGGGCGCCGCUCAAGGGGGCGCUUGCACGCGCGGCCUUCCCCUGCGACAAGGCGUUCGGUCCCCGUGUCCCGUUCACGCAAACAGUAGGGGAGGGUUUGUUUCCGUUCGCGUUACUGUCUGUAUUGUUUUUGGUGGGAGAGUUUGGCUAGAUUUAUAAAGCGCAUCGGGAAGCUCUGUGUCCCGAUCUGGAACAGAUAUCUAAGCAAACACGUCGGUAAAUUGCUUUGUUGCCAAGGAAAGAGCGGAGUGGCUGUCAUCUGGCACCUUGACGUCCUUCCCCCGUUCGCGGGGGAGGGGCAGCCCUUACAAAGUCAAAGAAACGCAAGCGCCCGAUUCCUUUCUUGCCUUAACACACCCGUUUCACAGUUAUGUAUUCUCUGUGUGUAUAAGCGUUGCGCAUCGUUCUGAGCCAUGUACAUAUGUUUGGGGUUUUUUGUUUUUUUUUUUUACAUUACUAAUAUUCGCUCAGCUCUGGCUAACUCUUUUUGCCCACUUGGUUUUCCUUUUUGCUACCGUUAAAAUAAAUACUGUAUCUUUGAAACGGUAAUGCAUUGCGCAUGUUUUAAAUCGUCAGCCGUGAGAGAUUCAUUUCAUGACUCAAAAGCAGCAUCUUAACAAAAGAGUUUUUGCUAUUUAUUGAUAAAUGUUUUGUAGAACUUGCCUUACUUUUCUACGCGCAUGCAGAUCGGAUCGUGAUGUACAAUAUAUUUGUUACUGCGGGUCACAAAAGUGAUAAAGCUUACUGGUUAACUGUGCCUACUUGGGAUUCACACUCCCUGGGUUCAGAUCCUUGCUCCAGCUAACUAUAAAUUUCGACAGGUUGCUUGACUUGCUUCCAGACGUCUCACCUGUAGACUGGGCCGGUGACACCUGUGUGACGUGUGCCGACGCGAUGGUCAGAUGCCGAAGUGUGUGUGAGGUGCUCCGCCCUCUGCCCGGCCUGGAGGGUUUGUUAUUUGUUCCCUAAAAUUUGACAGUAUUUUCCUACUCUGAUUCUUGUGUGGUGUGGUUUUUGAGGUUGACAAACUGAAUCAUGGCUCAUGUCAUGUCCCCAUGGUGGUUUCGGGGGGUAGCCUUUAAGCUCUCUGAAUCUUCUCUAUGAAAUGGGGGUGAUAACUACCGCAUCAUAAUUGGUCAUGUUCUAAAUGGGCCUGCAGCGGAGACCCCGGGCUCAGCGCUCGUCCACGCCUCUGGCAAGCUGCGGGUCCUGUAGAGGUUCAACAAACAAUUACUUAGUGGGUGACUAAGUUUUAGGGGGAGGUACAGCAAGUUAACCAUGAAAUGAGGUAAGUACUUCGGCUCACAAAAAGGCUUGAUCAACACUGUCGUCUAGAAAUGUCAUCUGGAGGACCCCGGUGGCUGCGAGGUGGCAUGGAGGGACGUGACAGGUACUGGGUUUUACUUCUGUUCCGGUGGAAUUCACAUUUAUUUCAUCAAUGGAGCGUAGCCGGUCCACGUGCGUUUUAUGUUAGUGUUUAAAAUCGUUCCUGCUAAGCAUCCUGCUCGCUGGUCCCCUUGCCCUACUGGCUGCCUCCCCUCUGCUGUGCUCCGAUACUGACAUCCUCAUCCUCACGGUGAAGAUGAUCACGACUCUGCACCCACACACUCACUAUCGGAGGCAGACGCCCUCCCACAUUCUCCUCACGGAGAUGCUAACGAUUCACUGUCCACCGAUUACCAUUUCGUUUCAGAUUUUAAAAUCAAAGACAUUACAGACUAGAUCAAGCCCUUGUGUCUUCUCACUGUUCCCCAGGGGUGUCAAAAGUUGGUGGAUAUCCUGCUAUCGUGUGAUUUAAUUCUCCUGCACACGUUCAUAUACGUGGACAACAUCGUGGUAUUUUGUGAGCUUUUACGGCUUUGAUAAGAGGUUUGUAACUUGCUGUUCCGCCAUCAUUUUUGAGAUUGAGCCACGUAGACCUCAUUCAUUUUAAUUGCCUUUUUAUGGGAAAAAUAAGUAUGUGUAUCCAUUGCCUAGUGGUCAGACAGGUUCUUUGAAAGGUUUUGCCCUGCAGGCAGGCCGCAGCGCUUCCCAGGGCACCUGUCGGAGUUUCUCCAGCCAGGACCAGCAGCCAUGGCCGCCAGCAUCUCAGAGUCCUUUCCCACCGACCCGCCCUCCCGUUGGUGAAAAUUUGGCCUUUCCAGCCAUUCUGUGGCUGUGACGUUUUAUUGUAGUAUAACUUGCACCUCUUGCUUGCCGGUGACAUUAAGCAUCUUAUCUUUCGCUCUUUUUUUGGUCCAUUAGGUUUUAUAUCUGUUAGACCCUUUUGAUUUUUAUUGAUUUGUAAGAUUUCUUUAUACGUGCCACGUAUUCAUCCAUCGUCUGCUGUAUCCAGUGCAGAUACCUUCCCACAUUUUCACUAUUUUUUGCCAUUCAGAUGAUUUGAUUUUAAUGGGUCCAAAUCAUCAGUGUUUUCAGAGCUGUGUUUUCUGUAAGUGCUUUAAACAAUUCUCCGCAAUUGUGAUGUCAUAAAGAUGUUUUCUAGUAUUCUAAGUGUUCAAAACUUUGACUUUCGGACUCAUGUUUUUUUAAUCUGUUUUUGUGUACGAUGCGAGGUAUGGAUAUAACUUUUGUAUUUUUCCCAGCGCUGAUUUUUUUAUAGGUUAUCCUUUUACAUUUUUUAAUCUAACCCUUAUUACGUAGCAGUAUCUCAUACAUAAAAUUCCGGCUAGCGGUUCACCGCGUUAUCGGCCGUUCGUCUGGCGUCCUGAGCUCUAGCCCUGUGACAUCUUGGCGUGUGUUUCAUUUCUAGUCCCCUGCGCUGUUCAUUCGAGUCUUUCUCUGCAUUGGCUGGAAAUGCAGCCCGUGGAAAAGAUGCCGUGACAGCCUCAAGGACGCUUCUGACUCCUCGCUCCCGAUUUGAAAGGGACUAAUUUUAAAGCUCCCCGUGAAGUGCAUUUAUUUCGCUGUUAGUUCUACCCCCGUAAGUGUCUUGAGCUGGGUCAUUGAAUUUCCCUCCUGACCCCUCCACCCCCGCCUCUCCGGCACAGUGCCCGGAUUUUCCCGCCUGGACCGUUUGAGUGCGUCUGGGUCCCGCGCAUCUUUAGCGCCUUCGGGCCGCAGACGGUCCCCUGCCCCGUCCGUGACGUCGCGAGCGGCCGUGCGGGGCACGCGGGCUCGUGGGCCAUCCGUCAGCCGCGGCUUGUCCGCUGAGGCUGGAGUUAUGCGUCUGGCAGGAUGUCACAGAAAGGACGUGUUGUCUUUCUGGAUCCCGUGGGUGGCAUGGAGUUCCAGUUCGCCCUGUUAUUUCGUCACUUUGGUCACUUCGAUUAAGGUGGUUUUCUACCUCCUCUCCACUGUGAAGUUUUCCGUUUUUCCUUUUGUAAUAAACAAGUAAGCUGUGUGGAGACACACCGAGGCUUUAUAAAUACUGUAUUCUUCACCAAUUCUCAAUGUAUGUGUUUAUUUUUAUCUGUGUAGUGUCAUGGAUUAUAACCUUUUACUACCAUUCAUUGCGAUACCCAGAUUGGCCCCUUAGCCAGCUGGCUUUUGUGUCUUCGACAUUCCCCUGUCAUUCUCUGGGCUCCCCCUUACUUUCUGGCACAAAAAGAUCAUUCGGCCUCAGCUUGAGCUCUCCCUGCCCCAGACUGGCGCUCAGCCAUCUCUCCGGGGUCCUGCUUCCCUUGGGCGGAGGUUGGGAUUCAGAAACAAGGUCGUUCGGUUUGUUCGCACCUUCUACCUGCUGCGUGACACGGUUGGGGAAUGUCUGUCUGCUUAUCGUCCAUCGUCUGUCUGUCUAUCAUCUACUGAAACCGUGAGAUCACGUGCAUAGCAUUCUAACGCCUUUCUAUAUUCGUACCAUCUUCUGCAACAGUAAGAGAUCCAGCCCCCGUUAUCCUAAUAAUAUUUAUUUUCUCAGCCCCCCUGUAAUAAGCAGCCGCCCCCUCCCACAUGUUUGCUCCCCACGGGGCAGCUGCCCCAUUGGGCACACACCCUCCCCACACACACUCUCACACACACACACACACACACACACACACACACACACCUCGCUGUGUUAGAUUCACGGCUUUAGCACUGAAUUGCUCGGAAACUAGCAAACAUUCUAAUUUCAUACAUGAGUUGGGGAGUUUAUCUUUUGCCCUAUUAAAUAAGAAUGAAGCGCUUUCGAAGGUUUAGAAAUAACCCGCCCUUGGCAGGCUCUGGGCCAGGGGUGUUUUUGGUGGGCCGUUUUUUAACUACUGAUUUUAUUUCCUUAACUGUAUGUCCGCGUUUUCUCUCUUCAACUCAGUUUUGGUCACUUGUAUUUUCUAGAAAGUGUUUUCAUCUAUUUUCUGAUGGAUUAAAAUGAAGUUCUUAGCAUUCUUUCCCUUAAAAUCCGUUACAUAUUCGCUUAUAUCCACUUUGGCGUUUUGAGUAUUUGUUUUGCUUUUUCCUAGAGCUAUUUUUGCCCAGAGUUUUUUUAAUUUUAUUUUAUUUUAAAAUGUUUAUUUAAAAAAAUACGAGCGAGAUCUCCCUAGCAUCCUUCCUCCGAAGGUAACGAGUGAGGUCGUGCUUGUUUCAGGUGUGUGUGUGUGUGUGUGUUUCAGGCGCCACGAACCAUAAUCUUAAACAUUCGAGAUGUUUCGAUCGCUGGAGUCCCGAGCCAGAGAGACUCGAUGCGAGUCGAUGCGACUCUGGCAAAGCUCCCUUCCUUCCUGGCGUGGCAAGACAUUCCAAGCUAACUGUCCCCUAGGGUCACGAAACAGUCGAUGGGGAAGGUCUCCUUCUAAAUACUGACACCUGGGAGUAAAAAACGAAGAAAUCGAGUUAAACUAGCCCUCUUUUGGAAAUCCUAAUGAAUCGAUGGGACUAAGCAAUCAUCAGAAACGGCUGCUAACGUUAUAGAAGGAGAGACGUUAUUUACCUUCUAUGUGACUGAAUUUGAUUAAACCAGCGGAUCUGAAUUACAAGAAAUUCCCAAAUUACAAGAAAUGCAGAGGAUGGAGAUACAUUAAGUGAUAGGAAUUGACGAUCAGCAAAGUUUAGUCUGUAGGAAACUAUGUGACCUCUGAACUGGUGUUUUCAACAAAUUUCAAGAAAGAAAAGAAUGGAGGGAAAAACCCGUAAAUUAAAAACUUAAGAUUCGGAACGAGUUGCAGUUUUUGGAACUGCUGUGUAUCCCGUGUAACCUGGUUCAAAGUACGAAAUAACGUGAGGCAAUUAAGGAAAUGUGAAUUCUGAAUAUUUGCUGUUAAUUCAUUAUUAUAAAGGCGAUGGCAGCAUUUGGUUAUGCUUUCGAAAGUCUUAUUUUAGAGAAAUAUACACAAACUUUCAAGAUGAAGUCGUAUGAUGUCUGAUGUUUGCUGCAAAAAUAAUCUGGACAGUUGGCUGAUUAGUUGCUGACGGUGGGUGGUGAGUACGUGGGGCCUCGUACGCGAUCUUCUCUAGUUUUGCACAGGUAUGAAAUUUUUCCAUAAAAAAAAAAAAAAUUUAAAGGCAUUCUAACAAAUAAACUUCCUUCACUCGAUUUUCUUUAGUAAUUUAUAACUUGUUUUUCAGGCUACGUAAAACUAUUUUGAGACUGUAUGAUGUACAGCAUUUUCAAGUUUAGCUUCUAAAAUAUUUUAUAAUGUAUUUCAAAUAAAUUCGCGGGCGCUGGGGGUGGCUCUUCAGA